AUGUCGGCCACCAAACAAUCGGCACACCACGUGCAACGAUCUCUGAUUAAGGGGGGAGCCGUGAAUAUCCAUAGGUAUGCGGUAGCAUGGCGACUGUAUCCUAUAAAUACUGCAGCCCCUUGUGCAUGAAUCACCCGUAUCUGCUCUUGUCUCUGAUGAUGGAUUCGAGCAGGAAUCCGUAACCUCCGGCGAAUAAAGCUCUCGUCCCAGCGAUCGUGUCUCCUUCUUCAAGAGUGGACAUUUACCAAAGGUGAACAGUUACAUUUGAACAAAAGCUCAAACGAAAAAUUCCCAGUUCAGCAUCCACAUAGAUAGAUAUUUGACAGAUUAGAUGGAUAUUUAUGUCAGACGAGGCUAUGGUUGCGAAGAUGGAUUAGUAUUUGAAAUUAAGACAUUCAUCCUAAAAUAGCUGAUAUGGGCAGGAGCUCAGAUGGCAAGACUGACACAAGACUAUUGCCGACAUGCAAAACUGACGAAUAUGCACAUGUUAACCAAUUUGCAAUUAGUUUCUGCAAAACUAGAUAGGAAUGUAAUAACUUAGAUCUGUCAGCAGCCUCCCCAUUCUCAGUAUCAGUUGGUUAACCAAUCCGGGAAAUCACAUGGUGCAGAGAAGAAGGUGGGGGGGGGGAGGUAAGAGAGUAAGGCCGACGGUACCACUCACUACAAGCAAUCUGACGCAGUUGAGACCAUGAUGGUGCACCAAAAGCUGUGGCUUGGAAGAUUUACAACAGAACCUUGCAGUCCACCCAGUUGGUGUUCGAGCGCUGAACGGCUGAUUGAGAGUCAGACUGCAAUGGCUGUCCCUAAGUGUGGUUUUUUGACACUCCCAUUCAGUCAGGAUACGGGUCGUUCCUCUUCUUUGUUGUCUGAAGUCCUGGCCUCUUGUAUGCAGACUAGAGGAUGUAGGGGCACACCUGGGCGCGGCCUUACGCCGCGCCAGUCACCUGUGCCCCCUCCCGCCUCCGGUUUUCUUGACUCUGUCUUGACGCCGGGUCCAGGUGGGGAGUGGGGAAGAGGGAGUGCGGCAGAUGCUGCACAAGUCUACUAUAACUAUAACUAAUUCACCCGCAAGUCACCACCCAUGUGCUCACCCUGCUGUAGGCACACAGUGAACAUUGUCGUAAUCACCGGUUCUAAUGUCAGGUGGCACCAGUGCUGUUUGUUCCAAUUUCAUCAUUUAAACAAACCAACUACACUCCCAAUUCUACCCACUCAAGUUUCGAUGCUUUUUAUAGUCACUGCGACCCCCUGAAGUAGGUACAAAUCCUCCUGAGCUAAGAAACUGGCGAAAUUUCGAACGAAUGUAACUCGUAACCCACCGUGAUCACUACGAAAACAUGCUCCCGGUCAUGCAGGCUGAAAAUGUUUCUUUUGAAUUCUAGAUUGGUUUAUUUGCUGUUGUAAGCGUCCUGUCGGCUUGCCCACUGUUGGGAGUGCCUACACUCCCAAAAACAGGAGCCAGCCAAUCACGGGAGGCCACGUGCGUUUUCUCUACUGCGCUGUUAUCUUACUCGUGGCGCCUCUCCAUUGGCUUUUCCUCUCGGGCCUGAUCGAUCUGCAUAUUCGAAUUAUCGAUCGGCUCGUCUGGAAUGUUCUUCCCGAAGGGCAUUGGGCCAAAUGCCAGCGAAGCACAGUAGGGCGUUAUAAAUAUGCGUUACAUCUAGUUAAUUUUGACUAGCAAUUUCCUAAUACACAUUUUCGUGGCUGGUCGCGUUCUCCUUCUCUGCCGCGUUGGUAUUGGGGACAAGGGUCGAGUGCGUAUACGCUCCACGGGAUUUCAAGUACCAGGCGGGUCAUAACACCGACCUCUUAGGCAGUGACGCAAGUGGCAUAGCACAGUGUUUUAAGGAAAUUCUAAAUAUCUUAAUCUUCUUCUUCUUCCUCCUCCUCCUCCUCCUCCUCCUCCUCCUCCUCCUCCAUGUGCACUUAUUUGGGCUGGGUGUCCGAUCGGGACGCAAGCUGUCAGUGUCCUUCCGUCUGUGUCUUCGGCACUGAAUUUUUAAUUUGAUUCUGCAAGCUAGCUGAUUUCAGGCAACCUGGCGCUUAACUUUAUAAAAGUUGAUCUUACGUAACACCACCCGAGGUUCUCUGCUCGCCUUGACAACCCAGUUGACUUUAUGCCAGUGAUGUGAACACGUAUUUUCAUGUUUUCCUCAGGAUUUUAAGAGUCAUGAACAGAGUUUGUCGUUCGUUUUCGAAUUCGCUCCCCGAAGGAAGUUCAUUGUUCUGUAGAUUUCAGUCAGGCAAGUUCAACCAUGUCUUACCAGGCGAACGAGAGAGGAGCAAGACACAAAAAUAUGGACCCUCCCGUACUACAGAUGCCCUUGUGCUGCAUUCCAGGGUUUCGGAUUGGGGUUGAGUAUGAGAAUUAAAGUUAGGACUUGGGAAUAGACACACCUUCGGAAAUUAACGCAGGGCCAUCCUUAGGACGGGCAGUACUUAUUUUUGCGUUCAAAUGAAAGCAAAAUUUAUCUUAACAUAUGACAAACAGGAUGAAGAAAGGCAGGUCCCUAUCGAGCCUGUCAUUCACAGCGGCGCCGGUCCUCAUCGGAAGACGGUGGGGCUCAUGCUCAUCGACAGAGCUAGUCUCCGCCUGAUACAACUCGUCCUUAUGAUUCUAGGAACUACCGCCAACUUCCCAACUACUCCUCUCAGGACUGACCACCAGAUUCUCUAAAAUGUAGUCCUCGUUGAUCAAGGCCAAUUCUUGAGUCGCUUCUUUCUGCUGUCCAGCAAACGCUCAAGAAGCGCAAGCACUGAAUUUCAAAUCCACUAAACUGCAGAUGCUCUGUUAAUCGGACGUCUUUGUGUUCAGCCAGAUCCAGUUGACCCGUUCAUCUCUAAUGUAUAUAAGACGACUAAGGAUUGUGUGCUUAUGCCAUGCCACGCUUCGGUAAACCAUGGCCUUCGCAGCCUGAUGUGCGCUGGCAGUCCUCUGGCACUCGAUCCUGCUGGGUAUACAGCCUGUGUGCAUGGUUGCCCAGUGAAUUGUGCCAUCCUUCUCUUUCUGACCUAGCUUAGAGGGCUGUGGCCCCUAUGGCACCCUUGUGGGGUCCUAGCCGGGUAUGAGGACACACCUAGGGCGGCAUCGGCCGUACCAGCCGAGUCUAAAUCCUCGUCUGUGUGUACUUUGGGCAAGAGUGUUGCUGCAUGCCCAGUUGCAGGAUCUCGCCGCGCCGACUUGAACUUCGGGCAGUCCUCCCUUUUUUCUUAAUGUAUAAAAUCCUGAUUAGUGCGCGUUAUGGAUCAGGGGGUGUGGUGGUACGCCCGGUUGGGGUUCAUUCGCCGUAGCAUCCACCGGUGCCCUCUCCAAGCGUCUUGACUAUGUCCUGACACCAUGCUCAUGUGGGGAGGAGGAGAGAGAACGGUAGAUGCUGCGCACGUCCACUCUCAUGAUCGACAACGACGGUUUAAAUGCCACAGUCUGCCCUCAUUACUGCUCUUCGUGGUAGCAAUCCACGUUCACUAGUCGUAGCAUGAGACAUAGGACUAGUGUCAUUGUCACGUAUUCCUGAACUUUUGUAACCCUCUCCGAGGAGGUCAUUUCAGUAUCCGAGAUGACGUCCAACAAGCUAAAAGUGUGCUUUAUUAUUCUGUGCACAAAUAAUUUGUCCAUCGUAGAGGUGUUUUCUGGGUACGUAGUCUAAACGAAACCGCUUUUUCUCUUCACAACAAACCUAUUAUACAGAAGACAGAGUGGCGAGCGAACGUUGCUUUCGAUAACUUCUCGUCAGGCCAGUACAGUUAUAUGGGACGGGGUGCAGUAAGUGAAAAAAUCGAUAAAAGCUAGUUUUGUUAAAAUACAGGCUAGGCAAGAGAGGAAGGGUGCAGAAAGUUGUAUGUGGUUAGUCAACCUUUGACGACGGUAAGCGCGGAGCCUGAACGGGGUUCUUCUGGGUGCAUAAGAUUGGUUUUCGUAAUCUGAUGGCAGCCGUUUCUGCUGUUGCUAACAAGCGCUGGCCCAGUAACUUAGGGUAGCUCGAGGGGACCUUACAAAUCACACGAACAGCUUCAGUGUGAUCCAUACGAUGCUCUGAAUCCACUUCAUGCGCAAGACUGGCGCUGUCUAUUCUUCUUGUUUCACCUUUUGCCAGCUUUGUGGGCAGGUGCUCUUGUAUUCUUUUGGAAAGGCGCCGACUCGAACGACAAAUAUAACCUGCUCCACAGGGACAAGUGAAUGAAUGGAUGCACGUUGAGGCGACCUGAGGUGGCAGCCUAUCCUUACCUUCCCCGCGUAAAAUAGGGUUAGUAGAGAAUGAUAUGCAAGCCCUUGUUGCACAUUAAAUGUGCAAUUCCUUUUUGACAACCAACUCUAUAGACAAAUAGACGGCGUUGCUAUAGGCUCGCCUCCUGGAACUCUAUUAGUCGACGUCUUCAUGGGCAAGCUGGGGAGAUUUUAGCUAAGCGAUCAAAUCGAAAAUCUUAAACAUUACGGUCGCUACAUUGAUGAUAUCUUUGCGAUUGCAACCACAGAAACCGACAUUGCUGCCCUCCUAAAUGCUGCCAACACAUCAAAUUCACGUUGGAGACGGAAUCGGCCGGUUCGCCUCCUUUUCUAGAUGUCCUUCUAAAAAGGAGAUCUGACGGUAGCAUCCGAAGGAGCGUCUAUCGGACGAAAACCUGCUUUGAACAAUACACGAACUUCGCUAGUUUCAUACCUCUCCAACAAAAACGAAAUAUAUUUAGGUGUUUGGCACAAAGAGCUAGAAAAAUUUGUUCAACAGAUAGUAUCGAGAAGAAACGUAGAAAAAUCCAGGACUUGCUUCGCGAAAACGGGUAUCCUGACAGGUUGAUUGAAAAGAGCUUUGCCGGAACCAACCGCAAAACCCACCACAUUGACCGCCGAAAAGAAAACGUUGUUCCUCCAAGUCCCCCUCCAAGGAGACGCUGCAAGUGAACUCCUAAGAAGACGCCUUGACCAAGCUGUCUCGGGAAACUUCCCAGCAGCAAAGGCUCGCAUAUCAUUCUCUAUUAACCCUAUUUUACGCGGGGAAGGUAAGGAUAGGCUGCCACCUCAGGUCGCCUCAACGUGCAUCCAUUCAUUCACUUGUCCCUGUGGAGCAGGUUAUAUUUGUCGUUCGAGUCGGCGUCUUUCCAAAAGAAUACAAGAGCACCUGCCCACAAAGCUGGCAAAAGGUGAAACAAGAAGAAUAGACAGCGCCAGUCUUGCGCAUGAAGUGGAUUCAGAGCAUCGUGUGGAUCACACUGAAGCUGUUCGUGUGAUUUAUAAGGUCUCCUCAAGCUGCCCUAAGCUACUGGGUCAGCGCCUGUUAGCAACAGCAGAAACGGCUGCCAUCAGAUUACGAAAACCAAUCUUAUGCACCCAGAAGAACCCCGUUCAGGCUCCGCGCUUACCGUCGUCAAAGUUUGACUAACCACAUACAACUUUCUGCACCCUUCCUCUCUUGCCUAGCCUGUAUUUUAACAAAACUAGCUUUUAUCGAUUUUUUCACUUACUGCACCCCGUCCCAUAUAACUGUACUGGCCUGACGAGAAGAUAUCGAAAGCAACGUUCGCUCACCACUUUGUCUUCUGAAUAUAGCUAUGGGGAUUUUCACAACUCUAAAACAGAUUAUCCUCAAAUUACGUGACAGAGCAGGCCAAUGGAACAACUGGUGUCGGAUAAUGUAAUGCAUUUUGAAGGUAAGGAAAAACGAGACUACAUGGCUGAUGCUGUUUGACGUUAGUUCCAUAGUAUGCUCAUUCUGUGAGCCAAGUUUUACCCUAUUCGUUUCUUCCUUUUAACCUCGAUUACUGAUCCAGCAGAUUAGUGCAUACGAUUCGCAUUUCGUGAUAAAUAACCGACAGACAAUGGGGCAAAGUCUUUGGGACAUGGCUUUCCACAGUCGGCCAAAUGCUUUCGUCGAUAUCAGAUUUAAAAGCCUCCAGACUACACGGAAUGUCCGUAUAAUGCUUGCAUUCGCAGACGUUGCGCAGAGGAAAACGUUUUAAAUAUUCUUCUGGCAAUAUGCGGUUAUUCAACUGAUGAUGAGGAUUUUCGAUGAAUGCUGGACAGGAACCUAAGCACUCAUGAUGCGAUCCGUUUGUUGGAUUCUGAUAAAAGUACGAAAACCGUCAUUUAAUAAUUGGCGUUAAAAUGAACACCACAUGCGGGAUGUUAAACAUGCGUCCGUGUGAUAAAAUCCUAGCAUUUGCAUAACGCAGCAGCAGCAGCAGCAGCAGCAGCAGCAGCAGCAGCAGCAGCAGCAGCAGCAGCAGCAGCAGCAGCAGCAGCAGCAGCAGCAGCAGCAGCAGCAGCAGCAGCAGCAGCAGCAGCAGCAGCAGCAGCAGCAGCAGCAGCAGCCGAAAACCCACGAAACACAUGUGUGGGCGCUUAACUUGUACCUGCAUUGA